AUGAUACCACCCAAGGCUUUACUAGGAGCAUGGCUUCUAUUGGCAGCUCCCUCUUUUGGAUCGGAAGUCUGCCCAAACGCUCCCAUUGACCAUCCAGGCGCUGCUUUCAGCUAUGUGCAGCCUCUCAACACCACUAUCCUAAGCCCAUACGGUCACUCUCCCGCAUCUUAUCCUUCGCCCAAGAUAAACGGCACUGGUGGCUGGGAAACGGCCCUGAAGAAAGCGAAGCAAUGGGUUAACAAACUCACAACUGAGGAGAAAGCCUGGAUGGCGACUGGUCAACCAGGCCCCUGUGUUGGCAAUGUACUGCCAAUUCCUCGUCUCAACUUCAGUGGUCUCUGUCUACAAAAUGGACCACAAUGCGUAGAGGAAGGCAGUUAUUCCAGCGUUUUCAUUAGUGGUGUCUCGGCAGCCGCUAGCUGGGAUCGCAAUUUACUAUAUGAUAGAGCCAAUGCACUGGCUGAGGAACACAAAGCGAAGGGAUCUCACGUUAUCCUUGGUCCCAUUGGUGGACCCCUGGGCCGCAGCCCCUACAAUGGUCGGACAUGGGAAGGCUUCGCAGCCGAUCCCUAUUUGACCGGUGUUUGCAUGGAGGAAACUAUUCUCGGAAUGCAAGAUGCUGGUGUUCAAGCCAAUGCGAAGCAUUUCAUCGCAUAUGAGCAGGAAACCCAACGAAAUCCUACAUAUGCCCCGGAUGCCAAUGCUACCACUUAUAUUCAGGACUCAGUUUCCUCCAACUUGAAUGACCGAACCCUUCAUGAGAUUUAUAUGUGGCCGUUUGCGAACGCGGUUCGUGCUCGUGUCGCUAGUGCGAUGUGCUCUUACAACCGUGUGAAUGGUUCCCAUUCUUGCCAGAACUCCUACGUCCUAAACCAUCUUUUGAAGGGUGAGCUUGGGUUCCAAGGUUAUGUCAUGUCAGACUGGGGUGCGACUCACAGCGGUGUUUCAUCUAUUGAGAGCGGUAUGGAUAUGACCAUGCCCGGUGGAUUUACAGUCUAUGGUGAAUUGUGGACAGAGGGUUCUUACUUCGGCAAGAAUCUGACUGAGGCAGUUCACAAUGGAACUGUUAGUAUGGAUCGCCUGGAUGACAUGAUUGUUCGUAUCAUGACGCCGUACUUCUGGCUUGGACAGGAGAAGAACUACCCCAGUGUUGACUCCUCAGUCGGCCCACUAAACGUUGACUCAGCUCCUGAUACCUGGAUUUACAAGUGGAACUUUACUGGACCCAGUAAUCGUGAUGUGCGAGGUAACCACAGUGCUAUGAUCCGUCAACAUGGAGCAGCCUCUACUGUCCUCCUGAAGAAUGAGAAGAACGCCCUCCCACUUCGUAAGCCUCGCAAUAUUAUCAUUGCCGGCAACGAUGCUGGUCCCUUGACCCAGGGUCCAGACACUAUUGGCAAUUUUGAAUUCGGUGUACUUGCAAACUCGGGAAGCUCCGGCGCUUGUCGAUUCACCUGUUUGUCCAAUCCCCUGGAGGCUAUCAGUGCUCGCGCCCGCAAAGAUGGUUCUCUAGUCCAAGCUUACUUGAACAACACUCAAAUUGUUGAUACCGGCCUCUCUGCUCUGGCAAUUCCCCAACACCCAGAUGCUUGCCUCGUUUUCCUCAAGUCUUACUCAGCGGAAGGUGAAGACCGAAGCUACUUGGAGCUGGACUGGAACGCCAAUGCCGUCGUAGAAGCAGUUGCGAAGUUCUGCAACAACACCAUUGUGGUUACCAAUUCAGGUGGUAUCAAUACCAUGCCCUUCGCCGAUAAUGAGAAUGUUACUGCUAUUCUCGCCCAACACUAUCCUGGCGAGGAGGCCGGAAACGCGAUCGCAGAUGUGCUCUAUGGAGACGUCAAUCCAUCCGCCAAGCUCCCUUACGUGAUUGCAUACAACGAUUCUGAUUACAACGCACCAUUGACCACAGACGUGCAGACCAAUGGCACUUACGACUGGCAGAGCUGGUUUGAUGAGGAUCUUGAGGUUGGAUACCGAUACUUUGACGCGCACAACAUUUCCGUGCGCUACGAGUUCGGAUUUGGCUUAAGCUACACUACCUACAACUUGAACAAUCUGAAGGCCAGUUCUGCCCCCGCAAAGAACUUGACUGCUGUUCCCAAGAAGCAGACCGUUCAGCCUGGCGGUAACCCAGCUCUCUGGGAGACUGUUUACACAAUCGAGGCCGAGAUAUCCAACACCGGAGAUGUCCCUGGGUUCUCUGUACCACAACUCUAUGUCGAGUUUCCCUCAUCAACCCCGGCUGGUACUCCACCUAAUCAGCUUCGUGGGUUUGAUAAAGUGUGGCUCCGACCUGGACAGAAGAAAACGGUCACCUUUGAUUUGAUGCGCAGAGAUGUGAGUUACUGGGAUGUUGUCGCUCAGGACUGGCGUAUUCCCACUGGUGAAUUCACCUUCAAGGCUGGUUUCAGUAGCCGUGACUUCCGUUCAAAUCUGAGUGUGGCCCUGAUUGAGGCAGAGCACUUGAGUUAG